UCACCUGUAAAAAAGGAAGGAGGUCCGUAUGAAAACACUGGGGUAAAACUAGUCAGCAUACUCUCUUUCUGCAUGCACACUCAUUUCUACCUGAGCUGGGGCAGCGGCGUCUGAAGUCCUCCUUGGUGAGCAGGCAGAGGGCACGACCGUUCAUCUCAAAGCGUCCCUUCUCAGGCCUCCGCAUUCUCCAGCGAUGUUUGCGGAAAAACUGGGAAAACAGUUGGGCCACCCUACACGAUCAGUGGCAGGAUGGCUGGUCAGUAAGUUGCUCACGGUACGCAACCGUGCUCUUGAAGAGAGUGUUGUGCAGAUAUCAGGGAUCCAACCUGAAGACACAGUGCUGGAGCUGGGUCACGGCCCGGGUCUAGGUCUGCAGUCAGCAGCCAAACUGCUCACAGCGCCCACAGGACAUCUUAUAGGGCUGGAUUACUCAGCGUACAUGCAUCAGAUGGCAAGUGAGCUGAUGAAGGAGCUUGUGACCAGUGGGAAAGUGACCCUACACCAUUGUGAUGUAGCAGCAAUGCCUCUGGUAGACAGCACUGUAGAUAGAGUAUUCCAUUGCAACUGCUACUACUUCUGGCCUGACCUCAAGAAGGGAGCCACAGAGAUUCACCGGGUAAUGAAACCAGGAGGCCUGAUGGUGACUGGGAUGAAACUGUCAAGUGUUGCUGCUUUUGCAGCAAAGCGAGUAAUGCCAGGGGAGAACUGGCGCCCGGAUGCCUACAUGACAGCUCUGAGUGACUCUGGCUUCACUGAUGUCAGAAUGGAAGACAAACAGCACACACACAUUACUUUUCAGGCUAUCUAUGCCACUGCCUCAAAAUGAGAUGAGAUCAUCAUUUGGCAUCAAUAAAAAUAAUCAAUUGUAUCUAUAACUGAAUGAGUUGGAUGUCAAAGUGAUUACAAUUAAAUAAAAACGAGCGGACACUA